CCUCACUAAGACGAGGGGCGUGCUUCAGACGUCAUCCCGCUUCAGAAAACCCUAGGCUUGCCGCGUCCCGACUUCAUGGCGGUGCUGCAGUUCUUCCCGCCGUCGUCUCCGGUCGUGUCGGCGAGGUUGCACCCGGUCGUCCUCUUCAGCAUCUGCGACUGCUACGUCCGGCGCCCCGACCAGGCCGACCGCGUCAUUGGAACCCUCCUCGGCACCGUCUCCGGUGGCGUCGUUGAGAUCAAGAACUCCUACGCCGUCCCCCACAACGAGUCCGCCGACCAGGUUGCACUGGAUGUUGAGUACCAUCGCAACAUGUAUAUGUCCCACCUAAAAGUGAAUCCCAAGGAAGUACUAGUUGGAUGGUAUUCAACUGGCUUUGGUGUUUCUGGUGGGAGUGCAUUAAUACAUGACUUCUAUGUAAAAGAACUUAAAGAUUCCACAAAAGAUAUCAGGGAAGCACAGAAUUCUGUUCCACCUGUUCAUCUUACUGUUGACACUGUAUUCAGCAAUGGAGAGGCUUCCAUAAAAGCUUAUAUGUCUGUUAAUUUGUCUCUUGGGGAUAGAUCACUUGCAGCACAAUUUCAAGAAAUUCCUCUUGAUUUGAGGAUGAUUGAAGCCGAGCGAGUUGGAUUUGACAUCUUGAAGAAAACUGCUGUUGACAAGCUCCCCAAUGACUUGGAAGGAAUGGAAGCCUCAAUGGAGAGAUUAUAUGCUCUGAUUGAUGAUGCUUACAAAUAUGUUGAUGAUGUUGUGGAAGGACGGGUGAACCCGGAUAACGAUAUCGGGAGAUUUCUUUCUGACACCUUGGCUUCAGUUCCAAAAAUGUCUCCAAUAGCUUUUGACAAGGUCUUCAAUGACAGAGUUCAGGACAACCUUGCAUUGGUUUACUUGUCAAGCCUCAUUCGGGCACAACUGGGCAUUGCAGAAAAGCUGAACACAGCUGCUCAGGUCCUGUGAUGUGCAAAGAAGCUGCUAUUUCACCGAGUAAUUAUGAUCAAUAGCGUAGAGUUACAUUUGCGGCAUUUGAUGGGGCAUUUUUCAUAUUCUGUUCAAGUUUUGGAUAUGGAUAGCUCUCUGUUGUUGAUUAUCUUCAAUAAAAAUUCAUCUACUUUAA